AUGAGCGCUUCAAGGCCAGUGUCGAACCUAAGCACAGCUUUGGCGUCCGUUCAAUUGGGAGGCCACGAUCGUUCAGAGAGCGGCGAGGCUUAUCAGCACCAGCAGCAAACCUUCGAGGCCGAGGACGAGCUCCACAACGCCCACAACACAAACUUCGGCUCGCAGAAGACUGCGCCGCCGCUCGAUCGUAUUGGCCACUAUCGCCAGAACAUGCCUGAUUCAGGGAUCACCUUGUUUUCUCAUCGCUCAGCACCCAACGGAUUCAAAAUCGCCAUUAUUCUGACUGAGCUCGGGUUCAAGUUUCACACCGUCUACCUCGAUCUCCAGCGGCAGGAGAACAAGUCCCCUUACUACGUUGAGCUCAACCCCAACGCUCGUCUCCCCGCAAUUAUCGACCACGACAACAAAGACGUGAGCGUCUGGGAAUCAGGCGCCAUUGUUUUGUACCUGUGCCGCCUCGCAGGACCCCAAUGCUCCCUGUACUCUGACGAUCUGGCUGAGCAGGCCCAAAUCGACUCCUGGAUCUUCUUCCAAGCAACCGGCCUCGCUCCCAUGAUCGGCCAGGCCCUGCACUUUAGGUACUUCCACAGCGAAACAAUCGACUCGGCAGUCGCCCGCUACGUCGCAGAAGUACGCAGACUGUACAGUGUGGUCGAGAUGCGACUAGCUGAAAAGAGAGAACAGCUUAUCAUUGAAAUGGACGAUAACGACACCUUCAUUCUCGGUACAACCCCUCUCUCCGAAUCAAAGUUCUUCGACGAACCGGUCUGGCUCGUGGGCGACCACUGCACCGUCGCAGACCUCAGCUUCGUCACUUGGAACCAUGUCGUCGAGCGGAUCGGAGUCAACUUGCAAGACGACUUCCCCGAAGUGUACAAAUGGACUCGACACAUGAUGAGACGGCCCGGCGUGGUUCGUGCGCUCAGCGGCCUCGAGUCAAGUGAUGAAUGA